CAUCUACUCGCUCGCAGUCUCGCCCACCGCCACCGCCACUGCACUCCGGUCGCCGGAGCAGCCGCCAUGUCGGGCCCCAAGCUCGACCGCACCCCGAGCAUCCGCGACCGCGUCGAGGACACCCUCCACGCCCACCGCAACGAGCUCGUCGCCCUCCUCUCCAAGUACGUGAGCCAGGGGAAGGGGAUCCUGCAGCCGCACCACAUCCUCGACGCGCUCGACGAGGUCCAGAGCUCCGGCGGCCGCGCCCUCGUCGAGGGCCCCUUCCUCGACGUCCUCCGCUCCGCCCAGGAGGCGAUCGUGCUGCCGCCGUUCGUGGCGAUCGCGGUGCGGCCGCGGCCAGGGGUGUGGGAGUACGUCCGCGUGAACGUGCACGAGCUCAGCGUCGAGCAGCUCACCGUGUCGGAGUACCUCCGCUUCAAGGAGGAGCUCGUCGACGGCCAGUACAACGAUCCGUACAUACUUGAGCUUGAUUUUGAGCCAUUCAAUGCCUCGGUUCCACGCCCAAAUCGGUCAUCAUCAAUUGGAAAUGGCGUGCAGUUUCUCAACAGGCACUUGUCUUCGAUCAUGUUCCGGAACAAGGAUUGCCUGGAGCCCCUACUUGAUUUCCUUCGUGGGCAUCGGCAUAAGGGUCAUGUCAUGAUGCUAAAUGACAGGAUACAGAGUCUGGGAAGACUUCAGUCUGUGCUGACAAAAGCUGAGGAGCACUUGUCGAAACUCCCAGCUGACACACCAUACUCACAGUUCGCAUAUAAGUUUCAAGAAUGGGGAUUGGAGAAGGGUUGGGGCGACACAGCUGGAUAUGUCUUGGAGAUGAUACAUCUCCUUCUGGAUGUGCUUCAAGCGCCUGAUCCAUCUACUCUUGAGACGUUCUUGGGAAGGAUCCCCAUGAUCUUUAAUGUCGUCGUAGUGUCUCCUCAUGGAUAUUUUGGCCAAGCCAAUGUGUUGGGCUUACCAGAUACUGGAGGGCAGAUUGUCUAUAUACUGGACCAAGUCCGUGCAUUGGAGAAUGAGAUGGUUCUUAGGUUAAAGAAACAAGGCCUUGAUUUUACCCCUAAAAUUCUUAUUGUUACUCGGCUGAUACCAGAAGCAAAAGGGACAUCAUGCAAUCAGCGUCUUGAGAGAAUAAGUGGGACACAACAUACUUACAUAUUACGAGUGCCAUUCAGAAAUGAAAAUGGGAUACUCAGGAAAUGGAUAUCAAGAUUUGAUGUAUGGCCCUACCUGGAGAAAUUUGCAGAGGAUGCUGCUGGUGAGAUUGCUGCAGAACUACAAGGUACUCCAGACUUCAUAAUUGGAAACUACAGUGACGGUAAUCUUGUUGCAUCAUUGCUAUCUUACAAGAUGGGAAUUACCCAGUGCAAUAUUGCUCAUGCUUUGGAAAAGACUAAAUAUCCAGACUCAGACAUAUACUGGACGAAGUACGAUGAGAAGUACCAUUUCUCCUGUCAGUUCACAGCUGAUAUAAUCGCCAUGAACAAUGCUGAUUUUAUAAUCACCAGCACAUACCAGGAAAUUGCUGGCAGCAAAAACACAGUUGGACAGUAUGAGAGCCAUACUGCAUUUACUCUUCCUGGUCUGUAUCGUAUUGUCCAUGGGAUUGAUGUUUUUGACCCAAAGUUCAACAUAGUCUCUCCAGGAGCAGACAUGUCUAUAUACUUUCCGUACACUGAAAAGGCCAAGCGGCUCACUUCGCUUCAUGGUUCACUUGAAAACUUGAUUUCUGACCCAGAGCAAAAUGACGAACAUAUUGGACACCUGGAUGACAGAUCAAAACCCAUUCUCUUUUCCAUGGCAAGACUUGACCGAGUUAAGAACAUAACAGGGUUGGUUGAAGCUUAUGCUAAAAACGCUAGGCUGAGGGAGCUGGUAAACCUUGUCGUGGUUGCUGGCUAUAACGAUGUCAAGAAAUCCAAGGACAGAGAAGAAAUCGCAGAGAUUGAGAAGAUGCAUGAACUUAUUAAGACCUAUAACUUGUUUGGGCAGUUCCGUUGGAUCUCGGCUCAGACGAACAGGGCUCGCAAUGGUGAGCUCUAUCGCUACAUAGCUGAUACUCAUGGUGCCUUCGUGCAGCCAGCUUUCUACGAAGCAUUCGGUCUCACUGUUGUGGAGGCCAUGACAUGUGGACUCCCUACUUUUGCAACAGUCCAUGGUGGACCUGCCGAGAUUAUAGAGCACGGGAUCUCAGGGUUCCACAUAGAUCCUUAUCAUCCGGAUCAAGCUGCAAAUCUGAUAGCUGACUUCUUCGAACAAUGUAAACAAGACCCCAACCAUUGGGUUGAAGUUUCUAAUAGAGGCCUACAACGUAUAUAUGAGAAAUAUACAUGGAAGAUCUACUCUGAGAGGUUGAUGACAUUGGCUGGGGUUUAUGGCUUCUGGAAGUAUGUCUCGAAGCUUGAGAGGCGGGAGACCAGGCGCUAUCUUGAGAUGUUCUACAUAUUGAAGUUCCGUGAACUGGCGAAGACUGUACCUCUUGCAGUAGAUGAGGCACACUGACUGUAGGUCCUCGACGUGAUGAGAUCUGAGGGAAAUCUUCCUGCUGUCAGUGGGAAUGGUAUAGGCAAUAAUGUGCAGCAGAUGGCCGCUUGGCCGAUAAUAAAAUGGAAUGUAACUUGUGUGUUCAGCAAGUGACGAACUUGGGAGUUGGGACUCUGUAAAACUAGAUUUGUCAAACAUCUUGUCUAUGUACAUUAAAAUAGUUUGAUACUCAGUGCUUCAUUGCCAUUGUGUUAAUUUGAUAAUCUGUUACCUUGUACUAUUAA